AUGUCCUUUCCCUUAAUUUCAUGGGCGAAGUACAACGCGUGGACAAAACCACAAUCAAACGCCAUCAGCCCUGGUGUUUUGCAUCCGAACUUAUCGAGACGAAGAAACAGUCUCACGACUUGCAAACAACUAGAGUUCUGGUUGCCAAAUAUAGCGCUCUUGGAAGGACUCGAAAUCCUACCGCUUUCCGGCAUGCCGUUCUUACUGGUGCUAAGAAAGACUUGGAUCGCAUUUCGCCAUCUCGUACAGUCCAAACGUCGUCGACGCCAGCGCUCGUUUUUCUUUUCGGUGGCAAUCCUGGGAUCACUGGUCCUGUUGCAGACGAAACAUAUGCACACAGUUUCGACAACACCGGAAACAGUUUAUUCCCUCAAUCAUGGACAGGCGAUUGAAGAUUCCGCGCCGUCCUUGACGUGGGAAUUUCACGGCUAUUCACAGUCAAACAUACCAGCACGAUCCACCAGCCCCUCAACUCCACGUCUAUUGAUUGCCCAGUACGCCUCCGCUUUCUACACGGUAGUAUUGAACGAGACACAACGAGUCAACCAGGCAUAUGCGGAGCGAUUCAAUCACGAUUUUAUCGUUUGUCGAGGCAUUUACCUGACCGACAGUCCUUGGUGGAGACUCGUCUCACCACCCCUGCACACUAUUGCCGGUUCGCGCUCGACCUACAACAAAAUUGCCGUCUUGGCCUACGCGAUGCAACAUGAUUACGAUCGUGUGCUGAUACUGGAUUCCGACGCCAUGGUUCGCGAUUUUAGCAUCAAUUUGGCGACGUACUCCCUGACAGACGACAAGGGAAAGGACGUUGUGGUGGUAGCCCAGCAAGCCAAAAUGGGUGAAGUUCACCCUCCAAAUACUUGGAAUGUCAAUAUUGGUGUCACACUCUGGAAUCUCCGUCACGAACAAGUCGUUACAGUGUGGCAGCAAUGGCACGAUCGCUCCAUUGCCCGAAUACGAAGUGGCCAAGCGGACGACGAUCAACAACCGUUGCAGCGCUGUUUUCGCGCUUUUCCCGACACUACACGUCCCGUCCUUGCCGUGAAGGAGUUCGGCUAUGGUGGCGGAUCCAUCGUACAACACUUCAUUCGCGAAAGUUCGUCGUCCUGGAGUGAACCGACGGAGGCUCGAACGGAAGGAAUUCGGACCGCAGCCCGAAAAAUAGGAUUUCCGGCGAUUGGGUCUUCCUUGAAAUCCGAACCCGCAAAGUCCCUGUUGCAGAUGAGCCUCGGGACGAGUCCUCGUCCAGUGGGAAACGCAGCUGAUCUAUGCGUACGUGCGCAUGUUGCUCAUACCGUCCCAGAAACGCAUCCAUAUUGUCAGAACGCCCAGAAACAGGAUGCGCUAGGCAGUCAUGCCAUUUGGAAAGCCAAUGAGACAAAGAAAGAUUCUUACACUGUGGGAAGCCGGCGUACUGCUCCAAUGAUUCCUACGACAACCUCUCCCGUAUUGAUCUAUACGGGCGUUGUGCUUCGCACCCUCUUGCUGGAUGUUCCCCUACUAUUAGCCUUGAUUCUAUAUUCUACGACAUCUUGGUUAGAAUAUGUAAAGACCAACUACAUGCUACCGCAGCUCGAACUCCAGCGCUGGACCCCGGAACGGGCCGAACAAGAAGUGACCUAUUUUCAUCGUCGGUGUGACGAAUCCGAUCAGUCCGCGCACGAUACGGAACCUCUCGUCAUAGACUACAGCAGCAUGUCCAAGCGAGACAAAAUGGAACACAUGCUGACGCACGGUGUUUCAGUCUAUCCUAACCUUUUGUCGGCGGAAACGGCCAACGAAGUGCGCGAUUUCAUUCUCGCGCAGAAUCUUAAAAACGAAGACAUGAUUGACGUGAUUGAAAACACCAAUCGCUGGAGCUUUGGUGUAAGAGUCGACCAACAUCCCAGUGUAUCCAAGGCUCUGAAGGAAGUUCUCAAUAAGCCCGAGCUGGUUGAAGGUCUCGAAGCCAUUCUUGGUAAGAAUCCCGCCAUUAUUGAGUUUACCGGGAUUACCAGUGCCUAUGGCGCUACCGCACAACGCUGGCACCAGGACGUGGUACCCGAAGGAAGCGCCGCCAAAUACAGUCGUAGUUUUGUCCCGUCCUACAGUCUCUUUAUCCCACUGCAAAACACUACCAAGGCGAUUGGUGCCACCGAUAUUUGCCCGGGUACACACAUGUGCGCUGCCGGACCGAUCCACUUUUGUGAGUACUCGGGAUUUCCCGUAUCCGGGGCGGCCGAUAACUGGCCAUUGGGAUGGGGAGCACUGGUCAAUCAACAAACGACCCACCGUGGAGCCCCCCAUGUCGACCCGCACGGGCCCAGCCGCGUUUUGUUUAUUCUCACCUUUGCACCACGGCCCCAGUUCACACCGUCCAAGCUGGAAACGCGAAUGAUUUCGACCGGCGGUUCGUACUCCUUACACUGGUCACAAUGGGGACACACGUUGAGGGAUUUCCAGGACCCGGACACUCGCAUGAAACAUCCCUGGCGAGCUCUCCGUGCGCUGGGUUUGUACAAACCGCGAGAUGCACAGUGGGGAUGGGACUAUUUAUCCCAAGCUUCGGGACGCGUGGCCAACGAUGAAGAGGGUUUUCAUCGUGAGAGUCUGGACGGGCAGCUAUCCAAGGGCGGACUCACGUUUCUGCCGGACUGGCUGCAGGGGCACGCGUCAACUGACGAGGAAACCAGUUAUGCCUGGGUGGAAUUCAUGGAAGAUACGCUACGCUUAUGCAGUCACACCACUCAGAAAUUCUAUCUUGCCGUUGUAUUCGGGUACGGUUCAUUUGUAGUUAUCUGGAACGGAUUUUUGUUCGCCGCGGGACGUAGACAUUUUCGAGUGAAGGCUAUUGGUCGAAGCAUGCUGCGGGUCCUAUUGCUACACGCUGUAAUAUUGUCGAUCGAGGAGUUUGCGCGACGGCGACUUGCUGUUACGGAUUGGGCCAAAAGCAUUCGUGGCAGUCGUCUCUAUCGGUUGCCCAGUCCAGAUCAAAAUCUUCCUCUUCCAGGGACGCUUCUUCUCUUGGAAGAUGUUUUGAUCCUUGACCAAUUUCAGUCGGAACACUUGGGGUCGUAUGAUCGAAUACUGGACUUCGCGCAUCCUGGAAAUCGACGGUUCAACACCAUGAUCUUGCAGCACUCCAAAGGAUAUACCGCUCUACCAUUUUCGCUUAAACGGAGUUUGCGUGCGGAUGUUCUGCUAUGGAACAAGCAAGACGGAAGCCGUAUUCUAGCAAAGAACGUAGAUGGAGCUUGGGCCGAGGUUGCCCAAGAAACUGCCGAAAAAGCAUGUCAUAAGAAAUUGACAAGAGCAUCAAAUUCCGGUGUUGAACAUGUAUCCCGACAGCUGGACUACUUGAAGGCGGAAAAUAUAUAUGGCUUUUGGCGGCACACAUCUAUGUACCUACGUCACAAUCCUGUUCUGCUUGACCGCCUCGAACGAAAGCUGCUAGGAUGGAACGAGACUAGCAAGAAUUCGUCAGCCGGUCUAUCGUCCUCAAACGGCUCUCUCCUCGUACGACCAUUCUUUCGCGGACAUUCGAUUCCAUUACUCACUCAAAAAUCUCUUCGAUCAGUUCGGCAAGUUCUUCCUCCCAGGCCAUCUACUUCUGAGCCGUACGCUGGAGCGUGGAUGCAAGAGGGGGAUGUCGUGGAAGGUCGCUAUCAUGGUAAUUUUCCAGAAUGGUAUCGUGGACGCAUAGUGUCCACGAGUGCUGACAAAGAUGUAUGGGACGUUGAAUACGACGAUGGCGACGAAGAUGUUGGACUCUGUCGUAACUGCGUACGACCGUUUGUUCCGUACGCCCUGAACGACGACGUAGAGUGGAGAGACGAAGAAGACAUAUUUCAUCGUGCUCGUGUAGUCAAAAUUCAGUCGGGUGAUGUGUACGAUCUCAAGUUUGAAGACGGCAGCAUACGUAGUAACGCGUCAGCUACCGAUCUACGCCGCGUCCCGUUGUUGGGGGAAAUAGAGGUAGGAUCUCGCGUUGAAUUUCUGGUUGAUGAAGGCUACAAUACGGGCACAAUAUUGCAUGUGAAUGUGGAUGGGUCCUACAACAUUGAGUUUGACGACGGCGACUUCGCCACCAACGUUGCACCAAAACACGUAAUUCCCGAAUAGGAGAGGAGAGAUACCCGAGCACAAAAGGUAAUGAACUACGAAAGCUGGAAAGCAGUAAAGAAUUGAAAGCAAAGUUAACACGAAACGACGUGAGACGCGUUGCGAUAGUCUAUCAAGUUUUCAAGGCUAAAUACUGUUAAUUUCAAAAAAGUAUCGUUCCGACACUUC